AUGGCACCUCAAUUGUUCUGGCGCAAAUUCACUAGAAAUGAUACCUUGGAUGAGGAUCACCUCGCCGAUGAAGAGUUCAUCUCUACCCACUUCACCGAUUUCUUCGGCAAGUGGUUGCAGGAGGGGAAAAACGCUCAAAUUCAGUCCCACGAUGACUUGGUGAUGAGAUUCUGGGAGGAUCCCAACUCGAGCAAACCUCCCACCUACGACGUCCAAACAUUCAUGGUUGCCGACGGCGGCUUCUUCGAUAGAAAGAAACAUCCGGAUUCGACCUGGUUCAGCCCCCAUGCAAGGUUUCUGACUUUGAUCACCCUCAGGGACAAGACUCCCUUCAGUUCUUUGACAUCUGCCCAGGAUUGGACUUUAUGCAUUGUUGGGGGCUCUCGUCCCAAGGAAAUCUCGCGCGAGUGGUCUUUCCUCCAGGUCGUAUCAUGGAAUGGCUCGGAAUUUCGGUUCUACCAGAGCGACUUCGCCAAUUUACCUGGUCAGCCUCAAGGAUGGAACUACUUCGGCGAGUCUAAGGAUGCUUUCGGUCUCAAUGCAUACCUUGGCCCGUUUAACGGACACGUCAAUGGAGCUUGCAUCAUGAAGGAGAUUCACAAACCAUGGCUUCACUGGCUUGGUGGUGAUGGGGGAGCACAGUUUGAUAGCUCCUACUCUGAAGAUGACAAGAAGGCUUUCAGAGACGUCUCCUGGCUCACCGGCUCUUCACAACAGAUCCUCUCCUUGGUGAACACCAACCCCAGUGCUCUUGAGUCGGCUAUUGUACGAGGUAUUGACGGAUGGUUCAAAACUCGUCUCAAGCUCGACUUCUUCGGCGGUUCUAAAACCCUCGUUGAAACCCCGGCGAACAUUCAAAGAUGGGCUUGUCACUUGUUUUUGACAACUACAAUCAACCUCGGCAGUGCCACGGAGACGGGAGACCCCAGUCAAUUCAACGGCGCGGAUUACUUCAUUCCUCGGAACCAUUUCUACGACGAGGAGUUGCUAAAGCUUGCCAACUUGACGCCGCUGAUGGUCGAGGCGGGUGGCGAACCUAUCAGCCUACCCCAGAUUGGCUUCAAGGAUGCAGACUAUACGCAAGCCGUCGCUGCUCUGCGUCUCUCUCUUCUUCAGUCUAUCGACCCAACAGAGUACAAGCCUGACAUAACAUUGCCAUGGACCAGCUUAGGUGGUGACAGGAGGGGGCCCAAUCCGACCGAGGAUGUGUCUUUCAAGAUCCUAGCCGAGAGCUUUGAAGGGCUUGUGCCGUUCAACAUCAUUCAGCCAUCGAUCGAGGAUGCGCUCGGCGUUCAAAAAUCUCAGAUGCUGAAGAAGAUCCCCCAGACAAACUCCCACAAUGACUUUGACGAAUACGUCGGGCUGUUCUCACCUUCAGUGUUCAGUGCCAUCUUGAUGCUCGACUUUUGGAACCCCGUUUACUCCUGGCGCCGGGGCUGCCUGAUGCAGUACGUUCCCCUCGGGGCCAGGUUCGACGGCAAAUCGUACAGCCUGGAGUCCCAGUUCAUCGAGGCUGUGAAAGGCUCGACCUACGCCCGGAAUGAGAUCGAGGGCAGCCCGGAGCACGAAUUCCUGCAGUUGCUCUCCGCCGAUGACAAGGCCCACCAGAAGGUCAUGCUGGAUUACAUCGCGGCCGCUGCGAAGAGAAUGGAAGACGAACCCGUUGCGGCGCUGACCGACUGGCUGACGCUGGCCGAGUCACGCAGGCGCAUCUUUCGGCCCCUUCCGCUGGACGAGUUUGGCCCCAGCAUGCCGUUCGCUCUCGCCCUCGAUCCCAACCAGCCGCUGUUCAAGGAGAUGAAGCCCGACGGAGCUAUUCAGGACAUGCCAGAGCGCGGCCAAACGUUCCUGAGAGACUGGACGACUUCUUUGGCAAAAUGGGACCCUCAAAUUAUCCCUAAGCACGACGGGUCGUCUGCCUCUGUUCCCGUGUCCGUCCAGGCGCUUCCACCCCCAGUCACGUUCAACGUGGCAUGUCAGAGGGUGGCAAUUACGAGCAACACAAAGGAGUCAAUGGAUGCCCCCAAGGCCAAGGCGUGUCCGUUUCUUGCCAGCAGAGUUACCGAAAAUGUGACAUACUCACUCAUGGCGCCGCAUGUCGAGAAAGUACCAAACUGGACUGAUGAUAUUCUUCCCCUGAUUGCGACGCCAUACUGGGUGUCUGGAGAUUCUCGAAACACCGGCAAGCACUGGAUAGGGUCUAUGCAAGAGUACGGGAACUGGAGCCUCGACGAUUACGACGACGUCAAGAAGAAGGCAGUGGGCAUCUACCAGCACCUCAGAUCGAAGACCAUGCCCAUCACUCGAGACCCGCAGAACUUUUGGCCCGACGCGGCCAUUGAGACCUUUCGACAGUGGGCUAACGCCGGGUUUCCCAAAGACUCGUCCGCAUCGCCGAGCCCUCAGGCUCUGAUCCCCAAGCCGGUCGAGCCGAGAGACAGCUUCAAGGUCAGACGGGAUAUCAUGAGUCUGAGCAAGCAAGAGUUGGCCCAGUACCAGGCAAAGCUGGACGAUGUGCUUCAGGUAGCUUGUUUGGGCUCCCCGUGGCAACAGCUUGGUGUUCUACAUGCGUACUGGUGUCUUCACUAUCAGGAAGCAACAUUUCUCUGGCAUAGAGCCUACCUCCUCUACGUCGAGAAGCUCAUCGAUAUGCCCAUUCCGUACUGGAAUGCCUACGCCCCGGAGACGGCGGACCCCAAGUCGCCAUUCGCCGGCCUCCCACCCAUGUUCCUCGAGGAGACGUACGUCCACCCGGUCGACAACUCUACACGCCCCAACCCGCUCAAGUACGCUCUCGCUCUCGACGGCAAGUCCAAGAGCGGCACGAGCCAAUUCGUGACGCGCAAUGCCACGCUCGUCAAAGGCCCAUCCGACCCUGACUGGAAUCGCAAGAUCGGCUUGUUCAAAAACUACCACGCGCAAAUACAGCACGCACUGAGUCAAUCGACAUUCACUUCAGUCGGAACGGCAGAGGGUUUCGGUAUGCCGUGGGCCAAUAUUCCAACCUUCUCGGAUGACCAGCCCGACAAUCUGUACCCGUGGCGUUUCGACUUUGACGGGCUCUUUGAGCAGGUCCACGACAACUAUCACGGAUGGGUCGGCCCGGACAUGGCUGAUAACACGUACACGGCAUGCGACCCCAUCUUCCUCUCGUACCACGCCAACAUGGACCGUCUGGCCGGGAUGUUCAUCGACGCGCAUCCCGAAAGCCAGUACACGUCCGGCUACCCUCUGCAGCCUUUCGUCAACAACGGCACGGAUGUGAGCUACGACGAUCCCAGGCGUUGGAAGUAUACCACCAUCGGAGACAUGGCGAAGGACACGCGCUGUUUGGGGUACAUGUACGGCGCGCCCGUGUGUGCCGACACGUUCACGCCUGCGUCUGCGAUGGAGCGCGGAGUCUUCACUGCAACGGCCAACGGCGGGCGUGCUAUUACCUUGCCAGCUGCUGUCCUAAAGCAAGAGGGAAGGAAUUCAGUCAACGGACAUGCUAAGCCGAACGGGGCCACUCACAAGACCGACUCAGAAGAUGGCAAGCAGCCAUACGUCGUCUUCGCGGACGUCGGUUGCACCACAGCGAGCUACCGCAUCGACGUCUUCGCCGCGGGUGCUCCAUCGCUCGUCGCGUGCGCGGAAGAGAAUCCCGAUUUCAUAGGGGAGAUUACGCGCCUGGGCAUGGGACCGGGGGUGGAGAGGAUGGGGCCUCCGAGUGACGGCGGACGGCGGCGGUGUCGGAAGCCGACGGCCACGAGGGUUCUUUCGGCAGCGAGAGUGAAGACGCGGUUUGGGGAGCGGGCUGCGGUUCAGAUCGUGGUGACGGACUUGGAGACCGGAGAGGAGGUGUGUCAGUCGGACUACGAGAAGAUGCCGGGGUUUGUUCCUCGGGUUGUGUGGCUUCCGGGUGAGGCAUCGAUGUGA